AUGAAGGGCUACGCUAUCGCGACAGCCAUCACUUUGGGCGCCUCCACCGCUUUGGCUGCUCCGAACCUCAAGGCCCGUGACGACGUGACUCCCAUCACCGUCAAGGGUAAUGCCUUCUUCAAGGGUGACGACCGUUUCUACAUCCGUGGUGUCGACUACCAACCCGGUGGCUCGUCCAAGCUGGCCGAUCCCAUUGCCGAUGCCGAAGGUUGCAAGCGCGACAUCGCCAAGUUCACCGAGCUCGGCUUGAACACUAUCCGUGUUUACUCCGUCGACAACUCCGCGGAUCACGACGAGUGCAUGAACGCUCUGGCAGAUGCUGGCAUCUACCUGGUUCUCGACGUCAACACCCCCAAGUACUCUCUCAACCGUGCCGACCCGAAGCCCUCCUACAACGAUGUCUAUCUCCAGUACAUCUUCGCCACGGUCGACAAGUUCGCCAAUUACAAGAACACCCUCGCCUUCUUCUCUGGAAACGAGGUCAUCAACGACGGUCCCUCGUCGAGUGCUGCUCCCUAUGUUAAGGCCGUCACGCGUGAUCUUCGCCAGUACAUCCGCAGCCGCAAGUACCGUGAGAUCCCUGUCGGAUACUCUGCUGCCGAUAUCGACACGAACCGUCUCCAGAUGGCCCAGUACAUGAACUGCGGUAGCGACGAUGAGCGCAGCGACUUCUUCGCCUUCAACGACUACUCUUGGUGCGACCCGUCUUCCUUCACCACCUCCGGCUGGGACCAGAAGGUCAAGAACUUCACUGGAUACGGUCUUCCUCUCUUCCUGUCCGAGUACGGCUGCAACACCAACACCCGCAAGUUCGAAGAGGUCAGCUCCUUGUACAGCACCGACAUGACCGGCGUCUACUCCGGUGGUCUCGUCUACGAGUACUCGGAGGAGCCCAGCAACUACGGUCUCGUCCAGAUCAAGGACGGCAAGGUCAGCACCUUGGAUGACUACGAUGCUCUCAAGUCUGCUCUGGCCAAGACCAAGAGCCCCACUGGCGACGGUGGCUACAACAAGACUGGAGGCGCCAACCCGUGCCCUGCGAAGGAUUCGCCCAACUGGGAUGUUGAGAACGACUCUCUUCCUGCCAUUCCCGAGCCCGCUAAGAAGUACAUGACCGAGGGUGCCGGCAAGGGUGUUGGAUUCUCGGGCUCUGGUAGCAUGAACGCUGGAACUGCUUCUACCAGCACCGCCACGCCUGGAUCUGGCUCUGCCUCCUCGAGCAGUGGCUCUAGCUCUUCCGGCAGCGGGACUUCGACCAGCUCUCCAGGUGCUGCUGCUGGCCUGCACGUGCCCCACCUGACCAUGACCCCUGUUCUUGUGGGCCUGGUCACUGUCAUGUCAACCUUGUUCGGAGCUGGCAUGGUUCUUGUUUAA